AUGGGGUUUUGGGUGCACUUGGAAGUGUUGGGUUUGGGAUUGGAGAGAGCACUGGGGAAAGUGAAACAAAUUGUUGGGUCUACUCUUUCGAAUUCAAAGGAGAAUGGGUUUGCUCUUGUUACCAAUUUUGUGUCAGAUAAGUCAGCAAGGGAGUAUGCAAAGAUGUAUAAAGAAGAUGGCCUUACAGGUGGUCAUGCGAUCAUGCUUGGAGCUGACCCUUUGAGCAGAGCUGCAACCAUUGAAGGUCUGCAUGCCUAUCCUAGUGGGUCUAUGAUUGCCUUCUUAUUCUUGUAG